AUCAAAGUUAGCAUCAACGCACGUGUAAAAACAUAACUCGGCAUAAAAGGGUAAGACUUGUCCUUUACUUUGAACUGUUACUUAUGUACCUGAACUACUUGGAUACGCCGUUUUAGAUCGAUGGUUUGUUUUUAAUAUACUGAGAAAUGGCAAAGAACAAGAAGAGACGGAGCUUAACCUCCAAAGUGGAGCAACGCAGUAAGGCGACAGAGAUUAAAAACAAUCCAUUUGAAGUUAAAAUCAACAAACAAAAACACAACAUCCUUGGAAGGAAGAACAAACAUGGAAAAGGAGUGCCUGUAGUAUCCAGAUCAAAAGGACUGCAGAAGAGAAAUGCUACCCUGCUACAAGAAUACAAACAGCGGCAUAAAAGCAACAAGUUCCUUGACAAGAGACUAGGAGAGAAUGAUCCAGAGAUGUCAGUAGAAGAUAAGAUGAUGGAAAGAUUUACUCUGGAAAAACAGAGAAAUCAUGAAAAGUCUGGCAUGUACAGCCUGAAUACAGAUGAAGACUUGACCCAUUACGGUCAGUCGCUGUCCAGUUUAGAGAAGUUUGAAGAACCAGACCUUGCAAGUGAUGAUGAAGAGGGGGGCAUGAUAGAUAAAAAAUUUGUAGCUGAAGAACAUUUUGGAGGAUUUCUAACCAAGAAGAAAACUGAUGAGGAAGGAAAGCCAAAGACAAGACAAGAAAUAUUUGAAGAAAUCAUCGCCAAAUCUAAGAAAGAUAAGUUCAACCGACAGAGUGAGAAAGAAGAUGUUGUGAAGCUUACAGAGCAAUUAGAUCAAGAUUUCAAUGAUGUCUCACAGUUCUUAGCCAAAGUCAAGCGAGACAAGGAUGAGGAAAGGAGGAAACCAGAUGACUAUGAUAUGUCAGUAAAAGAACUCAUCUUUGAUAUGAGAGCUAAGGCUUCGGACAGAUUGAAGACACCCGAGGAACUUGCCAAGGAGGAGAAGGAGAAACUAGAGAAGAUGGAAACAGAUCGACAGAGAAGAAUGAAAGGAAUCACGGAGACUGAAGAACAGGAGAAUAAGAGAAGGAUGCAGUACUUAUCAGCUGAUGAUCUCAAUGAUGGGUUUGAGCUAACCCGAGACAAUCGUAGCACUCUCAGCUAUAGAGAUGGUGUUCCUUCAUUUGGUUUUGAUCAAGGUGAAUCUGACUCUGAGGAGAAGGAGGAAGAAGGAGAAGAAGAAGUUCAAGAGGAUGAUGAAGAAGAAGAAGAAGAUGAUGAAAGUGAAGAGGGAGAGGAGGAGGAGGAAGACAAUGCUUCUGAUUUGGAUUCUGAAACUGAUGAGGAUGACGAUGAGGAUGAUAGGACCGUGAAGGAGAUUAAAAGCUCAUUAAAGAAAGGCAAUAAGCAGAGUGUUACCAAGAAAGUAUCCAUUCAAGAACCCGUGGAGAAAAAGAAGAAGAUAGAAGAGAUGAUGAGGCUAGCCAAAGAAGAGCUUCCAUACACAUUCAAAGCACCAACAUGUCUAGAAGAGUUAGAGGGCGUAUUAACUGGCCACUCCCCUAGCAACCAGCUGACGAUCAUAGAGAGAAUGAUUAAAUGCCAUCAUCCUAGUCUAUCUGAUGGUAACAAAGCUAAGCUAGAGACUCUCACUACAUGCAUCUAUCAGCUCAUGGGAAAGUAUGUCAAAGAAGGCAAGGACUUACAGCCACAGUUCAUCAAUGGGCUCACCAAGCAUCUAUAUGACCUGACACAGACCUGUGCUCUGGCCUCGGGGAACAGUCUGAUGGGGAUUAUCUGUGAGAAAUAUGAAUCAUUUAACAAGGAAACUGAAGACAGAGGAAGAUCAACCUUUCCUUCAUUAGAUGUGCUUCUAUACUUCAAGCUAGUCUCGGCCCUCUUCCCAACAUCUGACUUUCGUCACAGUGUUGUUACUCCCACUAUGCUUUUCAUGGGAGCUAUUUUGAGCCAAUGUCAGGUGAGGUCAUGUCAGGAUGUGACCUUUGGCCUCUUCAUCUGCAAUCUCUUCCUCAAGAACGUGUCGUUGUCCAAGCGUCUUGUUCCUGAGGUGAUGAACUUCUUACAAGGUAUUCUCUACAUGGCCUCGGACCAUGAGAGUAAGACAGCAGGACUCGUGGUGGCGCCCUUCAAACAGUCAGGUAGAUUCUCCAAGCUCCUUAGACACGAAGGGACAAGUGAAGCUCAGCUGAGACCAGUGAAGAUCCUGGACCUGGUGACAGACCUUGAGGACCUAGACCAAGCAGAGUUCUCUACCUGGGCUCUAGGUCUAACCUGUCAUCUCCUACACCAGUUCUCGACACUCUAUGUAGAUCUACCCAGUUAUUCAGAGAUCUUCUCUCCAAUCUACAUCCUCUUACAAGACAAAGAAUUGCUUCUUAACAAAUAUCAUCAUGAUGUUCAGUCACUAGGAGAUGAGGUCCUUUCGCACAUAGAGGGCAGCAGACAGAGAACGAGGAGAGUUCUUGAAGUUGAGAAGAAGAAACCAGCUCCUCUUAAGAUGUUUGAACCAAAGAUUGAAGAAAAUUAUGAUCCUACAAGGAAAUAUCGUAGUUCCGGUAACAAGGAACAUGAUGAACAGCAGAGGUUGAAACAUCGUCAUCGUAGAGAGAUGAAGGGUGCCGUCAGAGAGAUCCGGAAAGAUACUCAGUUUAUUGCUCGACAGAAACUCAAAGAACAGAAAGAGAGGGAUGAUGAGAGGAAGGAGAAGGUCAUGCGUCUUCAUCAGAUGUUAGCGACCCAGGAAGGAGAUUUCAGGGAUAUCAAACGCAAGAAGCGAAAACCGUAAAGGGAUCACCUUAUCUUUCACCUCCUAGCUUCCUCCACAUGCCUUGUCUACAGGCGGAACUCCUUGCAGGUGGCAAAGUGGAUUUAAAGGGUCUGAAAAAACUGUUCAGACUAGACUACUCCAUAGGCCCUGUACUGUAGCUGCUCCGAGUUUAACACAACCAUAGAGACUGACAGAAUGUAUGCAUGAGCUUUAUUGAAUUUGUUGAAGUAUCAAAAUAAGGCCUGUGCCUGCAGACUACUCUUCUCACUCUAUGUUUCAUAUGGACCAGUAGAGAAUUAAGCCGGUUUUUAGGUAACCAGUUCUGAAAGUGCGCACCCAAAUGCCCUGGAGCAGUUUCAGAGGCGUAUCACAUCUAAGGGUAAUGUGCUGUAGUGAUGGACUCUUUAAGUUCUUUUGAUACUAGCUCAAAUUAGAAAA